UGAAUGUCCGACAUGUUACGACCCGUGAGGCUAAAUUAGUGACUGGUCGCCAUAACAACAUCCAGAAUGUUAUUAGAAGAUGGGACUACUCUCGAGACAAAAUGUCGGGGCUUUGCGAGAUCGUCCUUUGCAUUAGUGCAUAUCUUUAAGCCUAAAUGAAACUGCCAUCAUAGCAUCUUUAGUCCACAUGUCUUCCAUAUCCCCCAAAGAGCUCAUCUGCUCGCGUAAAUCUGCCCUAGUGCAUUUAGAGGAAGAUCAUGGCAGCUGGUACAAUGACAGCGGUCAUGAAGGCUGGGACGAAGAAGGAGUCAGCAGCUUCGACCUUGGCCCACUUGUUGUCCUUCUUCUCGAACUUGAGGGUCUUGUUCUCAGUCUUCUCACCUUCCUUCUUGGCGAGCUCAACGGUCAAAGUGGCAGGGUUGCCAUUUGGAGUGUGAGCAACAGAGACACCGGUAAAGUCGUCAUUCUUGGCCCAGACCUCAGUGGUACCAUCCAAAACCUUGGAGAAGAACUUUCCAUCAGUGGGCUUGAAGGUGGAAACACCAUCCUUGUCGGUCUUGGUGAACUUGGUAUUGUCUACGUUACCGGUAACGUUCAACUCGACGGGAGUCUUGUUGUCAUUCUCACCGGCGCAGAAUACAGCAGCAGUCAAAGUUACGAAAAGAGCAGAGAAAACCUUCAUUGUGUGCAAAGAAAAUUGUGAAU